AUGGACGUCGGCGGCGUGGUCAUGGCGGCAGCCCUCGUCGUCGUGAGCCUCUAUCUCGUCUUAUACCGGCUGCAGCUCACCAAGACGCACCCAAACGAGCCGCCCAUCGUCGCCUCGCCCAUCCCUUUCGUCGGCCAUCUCUUGGGCAUGGCUGUCCAGGGCGGCAGAUAUGUGAAGGGCCUCGGCCUCCGCAACCGCGGCAAGCUCAUCUUCACGCUACCUGUUCCCGGGUCGCGCAUCUACAUGGUGACGGACCCAUCGCUAGCCGCCGCCGUUCAGCGAGCUUCCAAAGCCCUGUCAUUCACGCCGCUUGUGCCCGACAUCACCAAGCGCGUGCUGGGCCUCGACGCGGCCACCAUCGACAUUGUGCGCAAGAACCUCGACCCCGAGCCCGGCGAGCAACGGGGGUUCCUGGCCGACAUACACGACAUGGUGUACGACUACCUCGGCCCCGGUGACGCUCUCAACCAGCUCAGCUUUGCCGCCGCUACAGAACUCGCCAGCCAGGUCAACACCUAUGCCGCCAGCCUGCCUCUGUCAGAGCAACUUCCCCAGCCGCACGAGCAAGCGGAGGUUCAGGUGAGGACGGUCAACCUGCUUCUCUGGGUUCGCCAUUUUGUCGCCAUUGCUACGGCGCGUUUCCUGUACGGCGAUGACAACCCCAUUGCCGCCCGGCCCGAGCUAGAGGAAGCGUUCUGGGAUUUUGACCACGGGCUCGGCUCGCUACUCAUGAAUGUACUGCCUGCCGUGACAGCACGAAAACCGUACCGCGGCCGCGAGGCCCUGGCCGCUGCCUUCGCCGAGUACCUACGUGCUGGCCGCCACGAAAAGCUCGCCGACAACAGCAUCGUGCGUAAGCGAGUUGCUAUUGCGCUGGCGCAUGGUUGUACGCUCGAGGCUGCCGCUCGCUCAGAAGUCUCGUUCCUCUUCGCCGGCAUCGUCAACACGGCCACGACCACCUUCUGGGUUGUGCUGCAAAUAUUUGCCAGUGCAGGGCUGUUGGCAGAGGUGAGAGAGGAGUUAUGGGCUGCUUAUACCACCACCACUACUGUCGUGGAAAAGGGGGAGACAGGGGAUGACGAAGAGGAAGAAGAGUUGUUGAGCCUCAGUCUCGACGAUGUCAAGACACGCUGCCCGACCCUGCUCGCCGUCUUCCGCGAGUGCCUCCGCCUCGGCUCCGACAACUACUCGACGCGGCUGGUCAAGACGGACACGGCACUCGCUGGCGGCCGAUUCCAUCUCCAGGCUGGAAGUGUCGUGCAGAUUGCCGGCGGCGCCAUUCAUGCCGACAAGACCAUCUGGGGCCCAGACGCAGACAAGUUCAAUCCUGGGCGCUUUGCGAAGCUCCAACAACAACAACAACAACAACAACAAACGCAAACGCAAGCAGGAGGCGGAGGCGGAGGUGGAGGCAUCCACCCUGCCGCGUUCCGUGCAUUUGGCGGCGGCAAGACGCUCUGUCCCGGUCGCCACUUUGCCACGCACGAGAUCCUCGCCUUUGUGGCCAUGAUUGUGCUGACAUUUGACCUCGAGGCGCCUCCAGGCACGGCGGCGGGGGCGGCCAUCGUCGUGCCCGGCAAGGAGGACGGAGUGCUGCCCGUGCACAUCCUCGAGCCCAAGAAGGACGUGCAUGUUGUAGUGCGUCGAAACAUAUGCGGGAAGAAGGGGAGAGACAGGGACUGA